UAAAGCGCGCUCGGAUGCUAAGCGACUGUCUGAACAACCAUGUGUUAGAUCAAUUAAGAUUUUGUGUAUACCUUAUCUUUAUUUUUUGACAGCCGGUUAAUCUGUGUCCUUAACACGUGCAUCCGUUCAACCUCUUAGUUCUGGCCAUGGAUGAGUUAAGGGAGAGGAACAUUACUCUCGCAAAAUUAUGUGAACAAGCUGAACGAUAUGAUGAAAUGGUUAAAGCUAUGAUUGAAAUAGCUACGAAUACUGAAACUGAGCUGACAGUCGAAGAACGAAACCUUCUAUCUGUUGCAUACAAAAACGUCAUUGGUGCCCGCCGAUCAUCGUGGAGAAUAAUAAAUUCAAAGGAGAGCCAGGAUGAAGCUAAGGGAUCAGACGAAAUACAUAUAACCAAGAGAUUCCGGAAAGAAGUGGAGAAAGAGUUAGACGAAAUAUGCACGAGUAUUUUGAACCUUCUGGAUAAUUGCCUGUUACCGAAAGCUGUUUCAGACGAAUCAAAAGUCUUCUUAAAUAAAAUGAGAGGCGAUUAUCAUCGCUAUAGAGCUGAGUUUUCUGUUGGGAAUCAAAGAAAAGAUGCAGCCGAAAACAGUCUCUGUGCAUAUAAAAAAGCGGCAGAAGAUGCUGAAAAACUUCCUGUUACUCAUCCUAUUCGACUAGGUCUUGCUCUAAACUUUUCAGUGUUUUAUUAUGAGAUUCUUAAUAACUCUGAACAAGCGUGCAAGUGUGCAAGAGUAGCGUUUGAUUCGGCUAUCGCUGAACUAGAUACUUUAUCGGAAGAAAGCUACAAAGAUUCAACAAUUAUUAUGCAACUAUUAAGGGAUAAUCUUACACUUUGGACCUCAAAUAGUGAAGGCGAAAAGGAUACUGCUGCUUCUCCUAAGGGUGACAAAAAGUGAUCAUUGACUUUCUAUCCACUUUCUCACCUUAGUAAUACUGUUUGCUUCUUUUUACUCUGUGGAUAUCUGUAAGAAAAAAAGCUUCAUUUAAUUCUUCCAGCUGGUCAGUAUUUGUAUUCUGCUAAAAUUGUGCAGAGGUUAUUCAAUAUAGAACAAUUUGUCUAA